GGGAGAGCGAGAGAGAGCAAGGGAGGGAGAGAGAGGCAGGCUGCGAGGGGAGAGGAGAGGGAGUGGGGGAGCCAGCGCUCCAGCUAGCAUGAGGACGGACUUCUUUUCCCGUGCUCAGUUAAUCUGGCUGUCAGUUGGUGUUAACGCUGCAGUUUAAGUGCUCGGAUUCCAAGGGAAACAGACAAACCUCACUGAAGGAAGGAAGCAAGCAAGAAAGGAAGGAACUGCAGGAGGAAAAGAACAGGCAGAACAGCGAGAAAAAUAAAGGGAAAGGGGGGGAAACACCAAAUCUAUGAUUGGACCUGGGCUUCUUUUUCGCCAAUGCAAAAAGGAAUAUGCAGCACAUUUUUGCCUUCUUCUGCACCGGUUUCCUAGGCGCGGUAGUAGGUGCCAAUUUCCCCAACAAUAUCCAGAUCGGGGGAUUAUUUCCAAACCAGCAGUCACAGGAACAUGCUGCUUUUAGAUUUGCUUUGUCGCAACUCACAGAGCCCCCGAAGCUGCUCCCCCAGAUUGAUAUUGUGAACAUCAGCGACAGCUUUGAGAUGACCUAUAGAUUCUGUUCCCAGUUCUCCAAAGGAGUCUAUGCCAUCUUUGGGUUUUAUGAACGUAGGACUGUCAACAUGCUGACCUCCUUUUGUGGGGCCCUCCAUGUCUGCUUCAUUACACCGAGCUUUCCCGUUGAUACAUCCAAUCAGUUUGUCCUUCAGCUGCGCCCUGAACUGCAGGAUGCCCUCAUCAGCAUCAUUGACCAUUACAAGUGGCAGAAAUUUGUCUACAUUUAUGAUGCCGACCGGGGCUUAUCCGUCCUGCAGAAAGUCCUGGACACAGCUGCCGAGAAGAACUGGCAGGUGACAGCAGUCAACAUUUUGACAACCACAGAGGAGGGAUACCGGAUGCUCUUUCAGGACUUGGAGAAGAAAAAGGAGCGGCUGGUGGUGGUGGACUGUGAAUCAGAACGCCUCAAUGCUAUCUUGGGCCAGAUUAUAAAGCUGGAGAAGAAUGGCAUCGGCUACCACUACAUUCUUGCAAAUCUGGGCUUCAUGGACAUUGAUUUAAACAAAUUCAAGGAGAGUGGCGCCAAUGUGACAGGUUUCCAACUGGUGAACUACACAGACACUAUUCCGGCCAAGAUCAUGCAGCAGUGGAAGAAUAGUGACGCUCGAGACCACACACGGGUGGACUGGAAGAGACCCAAGUACACCUCUGCGCUCACCUAUGAUGGGGUGAAGGUGAUGGCUGAGGCUUUCCAGAGCCUGCGGAGGCAGAGAAUUGAUAUAUCUCGCCGGGGGAAUGCUGGGGAUUGUCUGGCUAACCCAGCUGUUCCCUGGGGCCAAGGGAUCGACAUCCAGAGAGCUCUGCAGCAGGUGCGAUUUGAAGGUUUGACAGGAAACGUGCAGUUUAAUGAGAAAGGACGCCGGACCAACUACACGCUCCACGUGAUUGAAAUGAAACAUGAUGGCAUCCGAAAGAUAGGUUACUGGAAUGAAGAUGAUAAGUUUGUCCCUGCAGCCACCGAUGCCCAAGCUGGGGGCGAUAAUUCAAGUGUUCAGAACAGAACAUACAUCGUCACAACAAUCCUAGAAGAUCCUUAUGUGAUGCUCAAGAAGAACGCCAAUCAGUUUGAGGGCAAUGACCGUUACGAGGGCUACUGUGUAGAGCUGGCGGCAGAGAUUGCCAAGCACGUGGGCUACUCCUACCGUCUGGAGAUUGUCAGUGAUGGAAAAUAUGGAGCCCGAGACCCUGACACGAAGGCCUGGAAUGGCAUGGUGGGAGAGCUGGUCUAUGGAAGAGCAGAUGUAGCUGUGGCUCCCUUAACUAUCACUUUGGUCCGGGAAGAAGUUAUAGAUUUCUCCAAACCAUUUAUGAGUUUGGGGAUCUCCAUCAUGAUUAAAAAACCACAGAAAUCCAAGCCGGGUGUCUUCUCCUUCCUUGAUCCUUUGGCUUAUGAGAUUUGGAUGUGCAUUGUUUUUGCCUACAUUGGAGUGAGUGUUGUCCUCUUCCUGGUCAGCCGCUUCAGUCCCUAUGAAUGGCACAGUGAAGAGUUUGAGGAAGGACGGGACCAGACAACCAGUGACCAGUCCAAUGAAUUUGGGAUAUUCAACAGUCUGUGGUUCUCCCUGGGAGCAUUCAUGCAACAAGGAUGCGACAUUUCUCCCAGGUCCCUGUCUGGUCGCAUCGUUGGUGGCGUCUGGUGGUUCUUCACCUUAAUCAUCAUCUCCUCAUAUACAGCCAAUCUGGCCGCCUUCCUGACCGUGGAGAGGAUGGUGUCUCCCAUUGAGAGUGCAGAGGACCUAGCGAAGCAGACAGAAAUUGCCUAUGGGACGCUGGAAGCAGGAUCUACUAAGGAGUUCUUCAGGAGGUCUAAAAUUGCCGUGUUUGAGAAGAUGUGGACAUACAUGAAGUCAGCAGAGCCAUCAGUUUUUGUGCGGACCACAGAGGAGGGGAUGAUUCGAGUGAGGAAAUCCAAAGGCAAAUAUGCCUACCUCCUGGAGUCCACCAUGAAUGAGUACAUUGAGCAGCGGAAACCCUGUGACACCAUGAAGGUGGGAGGUAACUUGGAUUCCAAAGGCUAUGGCAUUGCAACACCCAAGGGGUCUGCCCUGAGAGGUCCCGUAAACCUAGCGGUUUUGAAACUCAGUGAGCAAGGCGUCUUAGACAAGCUGAAAAGCAAAUGGUGGUACGAUAAAGGGGAAUGUGGAAGCAAGGACUCCGGAAGUAAGGACAAGACAAGCGCUCUGAGCCUCAGCAAUGUGGCAGGCGUGUUCUACAUCCUGAUCGGAGGACUUGGACUAGCCAUGCUGGUUGCCUUAAUCGAGUUCUGCUACAAAUCCCGUAGUGAAUCCAAGCGGAUGAAGGUGGCAUCGUCUUCCCGGGCCUUUUUCCUAACCUGUUCUGUGAUGCAGCUGGGUUUCCUGGGAGUCCCUUUGCUAGAAAGGGUGGGGAAUGACAGGUGGUUGAGGUCAGCACAAGACAGGAAGCAGGAAGCUGUUAGGAGGAAGGUGACGGGGACAAAGGCAGCCAUGAUAAAGGAAGGAAGAUGGGAUGUGUCAGGCCAGACACAAGGCCCAAGAAAACAAUUGCAUUUGUCAGAGAGGGGUCGGUGAGAUUGAAGGUUAGUGGUUUACAUGGACAGGCAGCACAGCGAGAGGCAAGAGUGAUGGCUACCAAGGCUCAUUCUCUCUGAAGUUGCAUCAGAAGUGUGGCUGCAGAACAAAGGAAACGAUGUCUACCCUCUACUCUGUGCUGACCUUGUCAUACCUGGUGAAUUGGGUCUUUUCUUAGGCUCCACUCUAAGAAAUAGACAUUGACAAAGAGGACCAUGUGCAGAGAAAGGUAAGCAGAUUAGUGAGAUGACCCCAAACCACAUCAAAUGUAGCUAAAGGGAACUGGAGAAGAGAAUUGUGGAGGAUUUAAGAGCUGUCUAUAAAAUACCAAUAUUUUCCAAGUGGAAAAAGAAAACAGGCUAGUUCUAUUGAGUCCCAAAGUAUGCAACAAGAACAGAUGACUAAAGGUGAUAGAGGAUAAAUGUUAACACGAUACACUAAAUUUACUCUUCUGAAAGAGCUGUCUAAAAAAGGCUAGAAUAUCCUAAAAAGUAGCAAGCUUCAACAUCACUGAAGGUAUAUAAGUAGAGGAUGAAUAACUCUUGACAAAAAUAUGGAUUCAAGCAUCAAAAGGGAGUUUGGAUUAAAUGAUCUUCAAGGGCCCUCAACAUUUAGCUUCAGUAAGAAAUUAUUUGUGGAAGUUAAUCAUGUGAACCAUACCAUGAGCAAGGCAUCAUGAGGACUCAGAGAGGAGGGAGGUGCACUCUAUGAUCUUCAGCACCUUUCACCUUCCACAAAGAAUGGGCACAAAAUAAUUACUCAGUGAGGCAACCUAUGGUAUAGAUAGGAAGGCCUAUAGGAAUUUAGAGAAGAAAGAUUGAAGAAGGCUUCCAGGAAGAUGCCAAAAUUCAGAAGGACAGGUGGGAUCUAGAUAGAGAAGGGAAGAGAAGUACAGUCUCUCUGGGCGAUGUAGCCAUGGUGAUAUGCUGACCUAUACUAUUACCUUGAUUUGACAAGACUAAAAGAUCCUUUGGUAGAAUUUGCUUUAUUAGAAUGUACCCUAAGAAGCCUACUUUUCAACAGACAUUUGCCUCCAAGCUCAGUAUGCCCACUCUUGGAUCCAAACAUAGCCUCCUGCCCAGCCUCUCCCUGCCUUGGACCCUCAAUCCUACACAUACCUCGGGGUCACCCUUGGAGAAGACAUCUCUGAGCAUUUGCUCAUUCUGUUUAGAAAUUCUGUAUUUAGUUCUGUACAUGAGGAGCUGGGGGCCUUCUGUCCUGGCAUUCAGCAUUUCCCUGUCAGCCUACCUACCCCACUCCCACCCUAGCAAUCUGCUCUCCUCACGUACUCCAUACCUUCGCCCCCACCUCAUGUUCCCACUCAUGUGCCUUUUUAUGGGCCAAUCCCUCACCCUGUCUUCUGUUUCAUAGAGCCCAUUUAAAAGGCAACUUCUCCAAGACACAACAAGGAACAAUUAAGGAAUGGAAGUUCAAUGACAUUUCACCAGGGACCUAGGAACACCCCAAUCCUACUUUUGACCAGCUCAUCCAUCUCCAGGUCCCUCUCAGGUCCUCUCAAAUGACAAGAUCUACAAAGGCAUGGGCUUCAGACUAUGCCUAAACCCAGACACUCUAAACCCAGUGUAGACCUCCAAGGAGCUUGGCUGCACACACAAGGACUCCUAGAACCUACUCAAAGCUCUUUGACCAUUCCAUUCAAAACAUAGGACUAAAGACUCUCCUACAUUACCCUCCAAAAUGAGGAAAGGUUACUCCGGUGGCAAAAAAGGGGAACAGGACAAGAACUAGGGAGCUACAACCUGUACCAUCCCUCAAAACCUUCUCUAUAGACCAUGACUCAAGCCAGAGGCCCAGAGUUGGCCCAGUACAGAUUAUAAGGAGUUCCUUUCUUCUCACUGCUUGUCUAAGACAGUACAGCAUCAUCAUCUAGAGUAGAAGCUCUGGAGAAUGAACGUCUGGGCAUAAAUUCUUUCUGCUCCCUUUGUUAACUAUGUCAUCUUAGGUUUUAGUAACUCUCUGACCCUCAUUUUAUUUUAUUUUAUUUUGAGACAGAGUCUUGCUCUGUUGGCCAGGCUAGAGUGCAGUGGCAUGAUCUUGGCUCACUGCAACCUCCACCUCCUGGGUUCAAGCAAUUCUCCUGCCUCACCCUCCCGAGUAGCUGGGAUUACAGGCAUGUGCCACCACGCCUGGCUAAUUUUUGUAUUUUUAGCACAGAUGGGGUUUCACCAUGUUGGCCGGGCUGGUCUCAAACUCCUGACCUCAGAUAAUCCACCCACCUCGGCCUUCCAAAGUGCUGGGAUUACAGGCAUGAGCCACCACACCAGGCCUCUGAUCCUCUUUUUCUAUAAAAUGGAGGCAGUGGUCGUAUAUACCUCAUAAAAUUGUUAUAAGGAUUGUAUGAAAUAAUGGAUAUAAAGAGCUUGGCAAAAUUCCUGGGCCCCAGUAAGCCCUCAGUAAAUAAUAAUGACAAUGAUAACUAGUAUUUCAAAUAAUAGUUGUUACUAGUGGCCAGAUACAUCCUCCUUAAAACUUUCCUUUUAUUAUCCCUAUUUACAUGAGCUAGGGUUCUUAAGCUAUAUAGAUUAUGAGUUCCUUAAGGUAAGGAGUUGUGUGGACAUCCCACACACUGAGAGUAAGUAUUAGUAAAAUUAAUGUGAAAUUGUACCCAAAGGAGAAAAUCUCUUAGAGGAUGAGGUAGGGCAUGGGAGGGAGCUGCUCUUAGUUAAAGCAAGUAUUGCCGUCAAAACCACCCAGUCUAGGAAUUACAAACAAUAUCAUCCAAGGGGCAGUUUUGGCCCCAUGUUUGUGCUCAUGAACUAUUGACGAGACCAGUCAUCCACCAAGCAGGAAAGCUCCUGGACAUCCAGCCCUUUCUCUGGGAUUACAGUGACUCCCAAUAAUCAUAACCAGUGCCAGGUGGUGGUGCCAGAGUGGCUAAUGCCGGGGAUCCUCUUAAAACUAGGACCAUGUUGAUGUUCACUGAAGUCACACUAUUUAGAUUAAAAUGAGAAUCUUUCAAAGAGGCCACUGACUCAUGGCAUAGCUUCUUGGGGACAUUCUCACCCUUCCCUUUACAAUGAAGAUGUUAAAUUUUUCAGAAGCCAACAUCAGGAUCUCUUGGAAUCAUUAAUAUAAUGUCUUCCACCACAAUCUUCUAGAAUUAAUUCCAUUGAUUGGUGUGACUUCUACCCAACUCACUGAGGCUCCUAAUAGAAUUUUCCAUCUUCCAACUGCAGAAAAGAUACUUUCUUUAUUAAUCAACCCAGCCUUAAUUGUUGAUGCUCCAUCAAUUCCUCUCUUAUCCGAAAGAGAUAAGACAAAUGCAUUCAACUUGCCUCUCAGACUUUUCAGCUUUGCAGCUCUCUUUAUUAUUCUGUGCUUAGCUUUCUCCAAAAGCAAUUAGUUCUUUUCAGAAGUACAGCCCCCAACCUUACAGAGAGACCCAAAUUGAUGAUGACAUGGGCAUUUGAUGAGAGUUUUCCCUCUCAUUUCUUUCCAUUAUAACAGUAUUUGGCCCACUCUUUUUUUUUUUUUUUUUUUUUUUUUUUUUUUUUUUUUUUGAGAUGGAGUCUUGCUCUGUGGCCCAGGCUGGAGUGCAGUGGUGCGAUCUUGGCUCACUGCAAACUCUGCCUCCUGGGUUCACGCCAUUCUCCUGCCUCAGCCUCCCGAGUAGCUGGGACUACAGGUGCCUGCCACCAUGCCCGGCUAUUUUUUUUGUAUUUUUAGUAGAGACGGGGUUUCACCAUGUUAUCCAGGAUGGUCUCGAUCUCCUGACCUCGUAAUCCACCCACCUCAGCCUCCCAAAGUACUGGGAUUACAGGUGUGAGCCACUGUGCCCGGCCAAGCCCACUCUUUUUUUUCUUUUUUAUAUUUUUUUAUUUUAUUUUAUUUUAUUUUGAGACAGAGUCUUGCUCUGUUGUCCAGGCUGGAGUUCAGUGGUGCGAUCUCAGCUCACUGUAACCUCUGCCUCCCAGAUUCAAGUAAUUCUCCUACCUCAGCCUCCCGAGUAGCUGGGACUACAGGCACGUGCCACCACACCUGGCAAAUUUUUUGUGUUUUUAGUAGAGACAGCGUUUCACCAUGUUAGCCAGGAUGGUCUCGAUCUCCUGACUUCGUGAUCCACUGCCUUGGCUUCCGAAAGUGUUGGGACCACAGGCGUGAGCCACCACUCCCCGCCCUUGGCCCACUCUUAUGGCCUUAAGCCCCUAAACUUGUUCAGGGUCAUCUUCUCAUGUGUCUCAACACUGCUCAAAAACAUCUUCCUCACUCUUCAUGGAUGAAAGAACGAGAGAAAGGUGGGCAGAAAAGAGAAAGAAGGGUGGGAGAGAGAGAAAGAGACAAAAGGAAGAGAAAAAGGAAAGAUGAUUUUUCAGUAACUUUUAUGUUCAAAGUGAUCUCUGCACAUUUUCAUUAACCAUGCAAUAGGUUGUUCUUACAAUCCUACAGAUGAAAUAAAGGUUCAAAGAAGCUAAGUAGCUUUUCCUGGCUAGGUCACAAAAGCUAGAAACUGAAAAACCAGGAAUUAGACCUCCAACAUGGUCUCCGCAAAGCCUGGGCUUUUGGUACUAGCCAAGCCACUUUUCCUAAAUCUCUCUGUCCUCCUUCAACCACAUGGCAGUGGAUCAUUUUUGAGUACCUAUUGUCUGUUCUUCCAGUCCCAGCCACAGUGCUGCUCACAAAGACAAAUAAAAUGUGGCUCUACCCUUCA